AUGGAAACAGGAAAUCAAACAAAAGUGUUAUAUUUUAUACUUCAGGGAUUUUCCCAAGACUCGGAGCAUCAACUCAUCUUAUUCUGUCUGUUCCUGUCCAUGUACCUGAUCACUGUGUUGGGAAACCUGCUCAUCAUCCUGGCCAUCACCUCUGACUCCCACCUCCACACACCCAUGUACUUCUUCCUCUCCAACCUGUCCUUGGCUGACAUCUGUUUCGCCUCCACCACCAUCCCAAAGAUGCUGGUGAAUAUCCAGACACAGAGCAAAGCCAUAUCCUAUGCAGGCUGCAUCACCCAAGUGUGUUUUUUUAUGGUGUUUGGAGGUAUGGACACUUUUCUCCUCACAAUGAUGGCCUAUGACAGGUUUGUGGCCAUCUGUCACCCCUUACAUUACACACUCACCAUGAACUCCCACCUCUGUGUCCUGCUGGUACUCCUGUCCUGGUUCAUCAGUGUCGGGUACUCCCUGGCCCAGAUCCUGUUGACAUUGCGGCUGUCUUUCUGUGCCAACUGGGAAAUUCCACACUUUUACUGUGAACUUGCUCAGGCCCUCACACUAGCCUGCUCAGACACACUCAUCAAUCACAUUGUGUUCCAUAUGGUAACUGGCCUUCUUGGCAUUGUGUCCCUUCACUGGAAUUCUUUCUCCUAUAUUCGAAUUGUCUCCUCAAUACUGAGAAUCCCAUCAGCAGAUGGGAAAUAUAAAGCCUUUUCUACCUGUGGGUCUCACCUGUCCACAGUUUCUUUGUUCUAUGGGACAGGCCUUGGUGUAUAUCUCAGUUCUGAUGCACCUCCCUGGUGGGGCAUCAUUGCCUCAGUGAUGUACACUGUGGUCACCCCAAUGCUGAACCCCUUCAUCUACAGCCUGAGGAACAAGGAUGUGAAGGGGGCCCUUGGAAGGCUCCUCCACCCAGCAGCACCUUGUCCAUGA